GGCUUUGGACGACAAUCCAUCAGUCUCUGUAUCAAAGCAGUAGGUUCAUGCUUCAAUCAUGCCCCCUAGAAUACCGGCGCUGCCGCGCUUCGGCACAUUGAACCUCUGCCUCCGACCCGCCGCAAAGCCCGCUACCCCGAACUUUCUCCCCAUCGUCCAAACGGCCAACUUGUCCCAGCGUGAGAAGAAGCGCAAGGCGAAACAGGAUCCCUACCGAUGGGCUCAGGCUCAACAGCGAAAGGCUGCCAAUGUGCAACGGCGUGAGGAGCUCGCCCGUGAGAGGGAUGAGGCGUGGGGUGAUCCUGUCAAGGGAAAGACAACUCCCUUUAUAGAGUCUCUUGAAUCGGCUGGCCAAGAGGCUACAUCCCGUGUUCCUGUGGAUGGAAGUGGAAACCCGCUCGCCGAAGCACAUGAGCUACCGACAUCUCCGGAACUACGAAACUACUUCCUUACCGACUCAGAACUCACUGAGGCUGUCAAGCACGCAUAUACCCUUACCAAGCCCAUGAUCGGCGUGGUCGAGUCACAGAUGGAACCCGGAAGGGGAGAGGAUAAGACGAAGCAACACGAGCAGCGCCACCAGAAGGCUAUUGAGGCUCUGCGCCGUAUCACAUCGCUCAGUAACAGCAGCGCAAAGGACCGCUUCCACGCCAACGUGAGACGAAUCGUUGAAGAAUUUGGUCGUCACAAUACAGACCUGGUUCUGCAGGGCAAGCCAAAGUCAAUUCAUCCCAACAAAGUGGACAUGCCACCCCGAAGCGGUCCUGAUACAGGCAGCUCCGAGGUCCAGAUUGCUAUCUUAACAACCAAGAUCAACAACCUCUCUCAGGCUCUGCAGAUCAACAGAGGAUACAAGGAUAAGCACAACAAGCGAAACUUGAGAUUAUUGCUGCACCGAAGGCAAAAGCUGAUGAAGUACAUGGACCGCAAGGAGAGGGGAAGUGAGCGAUGGACUCACAUGGUUGAGAAGCUGGGUCUUACACCUGCGACAUGGAAGGACCAGAUCUCGCUGUAAGACAGGGCGGGAGCUGAGAUGAUUUUGUAGAAUA